AUGAGUGUUGAGCUAUUUCAUGAACCUGGUCACCCCGAUACGGAACUGGCUAAUGUGAACGGUACUGGGGAAUGUACUAACAAAAUGCUGAAAACUUUAAACGCCGAGGGCACUUUACGAACAGUGGACACGGAAUUCAUUCAUCUUAGUCCGACCAGUCUGAGCAUGGAAUCUACAACAUAUCCAUCCGCAAUCGCUCCCGCAGACAUACGAACUGCAAUGUUUGAUGCAUCUCUAAGCAAUUCGAUCGAUCAAAAAUUAGAUGACUGUGAAGGUGAUUUGUCCGUGGACGAAACCGGGAAUCAAGCGGCCAGUAACCAAACUGACAAUAGCACUGUGAGUUCCGCAAACCCAUCGAAUAACACUGGUGCAACUUGUGACGAUAUGACAAACGUCACCUCCAGUUUGUGUGCACAUGAGCCAGUGGACACGGCUCCCAUGGAAACCAGUGGCAGCGUCACUGCGGGUAGUGUCACUAUUGCUGGGGUUGUUGGAGCCGGUGUGACUGAAGAGCAAAAACAAACCAACUGUGGAAAGGAAAGGAAGUUGUUUGUGGGGAUGUUGAGUAAACAACAAGGCGAGGAGGAUGUUCGCAGGCUGUUCGAACCGUUUGGCACAAUCGAGGAAUGUACCAUAUUGCGUGAUCAAAGUGGGAACAGUAAAGGCUGUGCAUUUGUGAAAUUCUCCUCUCAACAAGAGGCUCAAUCCGCCAUCUUGGCUCUCCAUGGCAGUCAAACAAUGCCGGGUGCAUCUUCCAGUAUUGUCGUCAAAUUUGCUGACAGUGAGAAGGAACGACACACACGAAAGAUUCAGCAACUCAUCGGACCAAUGGGAUUGUUUAGUCCCACUCUGGCAUUGUCUCAGCUCAGCGGGAAUAUGUACUCUCAGAUGCUCGAAAACAUGGCUCAAACAACCGGCUACAUCAAUCCCGUGGCCGCUUUGGCUCUUCAGCUACAACAAGCAAACAGUCAUUUGGCCGGCACUGCUGCGGCCAACUUGCCAGCCAAUGCAGCCAGCCUAGCUAUGAUGGCCGGAGUUGGGGGGACUGGACAAGUCACGUGUCCCUCUUUAUUACAUGCUUCACGCCCGCCCCAAAAUGCCACCGUGUCCACAACCACAGCCGCCGUAGCAGCGGCGCUAGCAGCAGCCGGUGCAUUAACCGCAAACUGUGGCGCUAAUCCAAUGGCUGCGAUGGCAGCUGGUAGCCACACUCAUGCGCAUCUUUCUCCUCAAUUGGCCGCUCAAUUGGCCAAUGUCAGCAGCUCAAGUGUGUGCGGAUCGACCGAGGCCUCGGUGAACGCAGUUUCCGGGAUGAAUACGGUAGACUGCUGUGGUGUGUCCUCAUCAGCCGGGCUGGGAACGAAUGCGGCAAUGGCUGCCGCAGCAGUGGCUGCCAUGGCCAGUACUAACCAACAGACCGGCGGGACUGCGGGUGGCGGUCCAAGUGUUACGGGCAGUGCAAACGGGCUCACAGCUCAGACACUGAGCCUUGGAAGUGCUGGACUAGCGAAUCCCGGUCUAACGUUGCAUUCCAUGCCCGGUGCACAUAUGCCAAGUACUGCAGCACUGAGUGGUCUCAUGGCUGCAUCCCUUCCACUCACUCAAGCAGCAUACCCUUCUGCUGCAGCUGCAGCGUCGGCCUUGAAUCCGUUUGCCACAUUGGCUCAACAGGCAUUGACCAUGCCAAUACAACAGAAGGAGGGAACCAAAGAUCUUAUCAUAACCGGCCCAGAGGGCUGCAACCUAUUCAUCUAUCAUUUGCCCCAGGAGUUUGGCGACCCCGAAUUGGCUCAGAUGUUUAUGCCGUUUGGCACAGUCAUUAGCGCCAAGGUGUACGUGGAUCGGGCUACCAAUCAAAGUAAAUGUUUCGGUUUCGUCAGCUUCGACAACCCUGCAAGUGCCCACGCAGCCAUUCAGGCAAUGAAUGGCUUUCAAAUUGGAAUGAAGCGUCUCAAAGUGCAGCUGAAAAGACCAAAAAGUGACGCAACCAAACCCUACUGA